AUGCUUGAGGCCUUCCAGACGCGACAUUAUGCAACAUACAUGCAAGUGAAUGAGAACCUAAGUGAAGAGUGCGCCCUAAGGCUGGGAUCACCAGACCAAGGAAGAAGUGAUGGUGUGAUUUUGAGUUUCUUGAAUGCAGUCGUCACCAGCAGAAUUGCGAAAUUAUCGCGAGAACUCUAUUCGAGUGUCGAGAACUUGGCAGCCAUGUUAGGUUCGCAAAAUCAGUGGUUUCGUCAGUCUCCGUUCUCAGUCCGUCUCAGGCACUCAGGCUUCAACAAAUAUCGGCACCUGUCUCUGUAG